AAUGGUAGAGAAGAAGAGAGAACUGACCGUACCUUUCCUUUUGAAAAUUUCCAGGAAAAAAGGCCUGCGUACGUGUAUCGGACUAACGGAUACGAACGAGAUCAACAGCCGAGAAGAAGAUGAGGAAUCAAACUUUUAAAAAAUGUCACACCUGGAGAUCACGUGACUGCGGCAUUCGCUGUUCACUUGCAGCUCGAAAAAAAAAAGGAUCUAUCCAUCAAUUAUCAAGUCGAGUUUAAUUUAUAGAUGUUUUGAUUACUUGAUUAUACCAUUCAAAAUUUUGUUUUUUUUCCGAUUUAGCUAACGGCCAUUUGGAAUAUGAGGAAGAUGUGGAAUAAAGACACAUUUUUCCUCUUCCAGGUUUAGAUUUUCGAUUAAAAGGACGACAUUAGAAAGAUGAUGCGAAUGUUUCCAGCUGUGUGUGUAUGUAAAUGCGGGUGCUCUGUUCACAUCAAAAGGAAACCACCAAUGAGAGCUCUCCAGAGGAUGGCAAGUCGGCACGCUCAGGCUCCUCCCAUCCUAUCGGCAACGCACUUUCCUAUUGGAGCGCACCAUGUUUAAUAGCUCUCUCUCUCUCUUUCUUUCUUUCUAGUUGGAUUCCUUUUUUAUUUUUCCUACCAUAAAAAAAAAAGAAAUGAAAAAAAAAAAAGAUAGGAGAACUUGGUUGACAUGGAUAUCCAAAAAGAAUAGAAGAGAGAGAGCCACCCAAAAAAGAUAGGGAAGAGGGUCGGCUGCUGGGUGGGUAAGGGAGUGGACUCGGUCGUGUGUGUAGGAAGGGAGGGAGAAAUGGGCAAGUAGUGUGUGUAGGCUAGAAUGUGCUCGACACGAUUGAUGUCCAGUCUAGCGUGAACAGUGGUAGGCAACAUACCGAACGGUCGGACGUCUCACGACUCGCAGUUGUUCGUUCAUCUUCAUCCGCCGAGCUUCACCCAAUCGUACCAGAGUGCCAGCUUGUUUAUUAUUUUGUUUUUUAAACCCCCCCCCCAGUUUUUAUUCGUCAAAACGGACAGUUUGGACAACAUCUAAAGAAUUUUUUUUUUCGGUUAUUUCGAUUGGUCUUUGGUGGGUUUCUGGAUGACUUCGAAAAUUAGCGCGAACAUUUUCAAAUUUUCAGUUGGUCGGAAAAGCGCCGCAUUCCGGCGGAUGUGUGUGAUUGUGAAGUGCAAAUAACAAUUCUCGAUUUGGGGCCGUAUUCUCAACACGAAAACAACCAAAUUAUUCAACAAUCCGAGUUAUCGACUGUUUCAUUUUUUGUUUAAGAAAAGAACAAAAGACAAUCAGAAAAAUGCUUUCGCUUCACGAAGGUUUUCCAAUGUUCCCAACGGCUCAUCAUCCGCAUCAUCCGCAUCAUUCGGGCGUUGUCGGUGGAGUGAUGGGUCCUGGUGGCGGAGUGGGGCCAGUCGGAGUAGGUCACAGUACGACGCCUCCGCAUCACGCGCAUCAUCACCACCAUCACGCCGCCGCGGCUAUUCACAAUCUGACGGCCAGGCAUCACUCACAGGGGCCUCCACCUCCGCCGUCGUCGUCGUCGGUGGCUGGACAACUCAACUUGCACCACGCCGGACAUCAUCAAGGGCCACACCAUCCGCAUUCUCAUUUGAAUUCGCAUCACCAAAUGGCGGCCAAUCAAGCGGCUUACUUUGGCUAUCCCCAUCCGCACCAUUGGGGUAGUGGCGGAGGUGGAGGCGGACAGGGUGUACACCACCAGACAUCGACGGCGCCCAACGCCGCGAUGGAACAUCAGCAGCAAUUUCAAGUAGGCGGAUUGGUGACGGCGGACGGAGGAAACUCUUGGCAUCCGUCACCGGCCGCUGUCUACUCCGCCGGAUUGUCCAGCAGCUUAUCGCCACGCACGCCCGUCGCAUCUGUCGGUUACGAGGAAUGGGCCAAUUCGCCGAGCAACAACAACGGCCAACAACAACAGAGCGGCGGCGGCGGAGGAGUUAGCAGUCCGGACGCAAGUCCCCACUUUGUCCAGCAGCCACAGGGUGGAGGUAAUGCGGCCAAUGGGCCGACCAGUCCGUUAUCGGAUCAACAACAGCAACAACUCAGCAGCUACUCUGUGGCUGCGGCUGCGGCGUACGGCAAGCUUUUCGUCAGUUCCGGCGGAUCUGGCGAUUUCAUUUCGCCCCACCACGCCCAUUUGCAUCACGCGCAUCAUCACAAUAAUCACGCACAGAUGGCGGACCCUCAUCGAAUGAACGCGGGCGUCAUCACAGGUCACCAUUCUCCCGAUUCCGGCCUAGCCGGAAGCGAUGGCUUGAGCAGCGCGGGCUCUCCGGCUCAGCAACAACAGCAGGGCAUGCUGGGCGGAGGUUCAUCCGGCAACAAUUUAAUCAACCUUCAACAACAACAGCAACAACAACAGAACGCCGUGGCGGCGCAGGGCGCCAUGACGGGACCUUCAUCCGCCGGAUCGAUGAGCCAACAGAAUCAACAACAAUUGGUCGGAUCCAACGGAUCCGCAAUGGUCUCGCGGCCUCAAGCGGCUCAGUCGCCGUACGGAUGGAUGAAGAAACCAUCGUAUCACAACAACAACGUCAAUCCAGAAUCGGAUGUGUUCUCAGCAGGGAAGACGAGGACCAAGGACAAGUACCGCGUCGUUUACACCGACCACCAACGGCUCGAGUUGGAGAAGGAGUUCCAUUACAGUCGUUACAUCACGAUCCGACGCAAAUCAGAGCUGGCCAGCGUCUUAGGCCUUUCCGAACGACAGGUUAAAAUUUGGUUCCAAAACCGGAGAGCCAAGGAGCGCAAACAGGUGAAGAAGCGCGAAGAAAUGCUGCAUAAAGAGAAAUUGGACGUCGUUCCAUCUUUGGGCGCUGUCCAGCAACAACAGCAACAACAUCAUCUUCAUUCUGGCCAGCAGCAACAGCACAUGCAACAUAUGGGUGUCCAGCAACAUUCCAGCUUGGUCAGCAAUCCUCAAAUCUCUUCAUCCAUGCAGCAGCAUAUGGGAUCCGUUCAGUUGGAAACCAAGCCCAUCUUAGGGCUCGAUUGAUUUAUUAUUUUGUGUGUGUGUGUGUGUGUUAAAAAGAGUUCCUCUAUUGAAGCGCGAAAUUCAAAUCGAGCUCGCUGUUUUGUAUAAAUUGAAAGACACUUUUUUUUGUGUGUGUCAUUAUCGUUGCGGAUCGAAAAGAAUCGGCUUCUUUUUGCUAGAGGCUAUUCGAUCCGACGUUUGAAAAAAGGGGCCCCAAAACAAAAAGAAACAAAAGGCGAACGCGAUACACAAAUUGAAUCGAUCCUUUAUUCCUUGAUUCAGCCUGCCCUCAGUCUCGCAACAAGAGCAUUCCAGUGACGUCAUGGAUCUAUUUUCUCUCAGUUUGUUGUGAUUGAAAUGAAACGAAACAACAAAAGAAAAAACACAAUCAAAAAGCAAACGUCGUUUCUUCUCCUCUUUGAUCGACAGUUUCAAAGGUGAAUUUAAUUUUAAAAAAAGAAAAAAAGGAAUUCUUCGUUAAACUGCUGAAUAGUGCUGCCUCUCCUUGUCCCUGUUUUUUCUCCCGAACGCGUUGUGCGUCUGUUUCUGUUCGAUUGCGAUGUUAACAACCUGUACAGUAUCGCCCUAUACAUAUAUAUAUUCAUAGUGCCUCUCUUUCUCGUCCCUUGUAUUUCGUUUUUUUUUUCUAUUCACGAAAAGGUUUGGUUCUUUAUUUUCCUUAUUUUAUUUUUUCAUUGGUUGAUAAUGAAAAAUUAAGAUUUUAAAAAAUAUUCCCAAACAUUUUGAACUAAAACAGAAGGUAAAAAUAAUAAUUAAAAAAAAAAGGUUACAAAAUCAAAAAUUAAAGAACAAAAAACUUAAAUUUUAAGAAAUAGUAAUGUGUGAAUGACUGAUUGAUUGUACUGUACAAACUUGAUAUCUAUAAAAAAAAAAAUUCGGAUGUAAUCGUAAAUAGUUCUUGUCAAUUUCCCCCCCAACAUUUAAUUUUUCCUCAACCUCUUAUUUUUUUUUUGUAUUUUUCUUUUGUUUUAUUCGUUAUACCUAUAUACUUUCUCCGUGUGUUUUUUUCAUUGACAUGUUACAUAUAAAAAUUGAUCGGCGACGCCCAUCUUCGAUUUUCCUUACCCAACCCGUUCUCUCUAAAAAUGAAAAACAACUUUCAGUUUCCUCUGAUAUUGGGCAUCUAAUGCUUUGUAAUUAUAGCUUAUAUACCGUUUUGAAACAAGAAAUGCCGAACAAGUGCAAAAAAAGAAUCGUGCAUCGUUUUUUUCUUUAUGUUGCCCAUUUAUUCGAAGGAAAAAAAAGAACCUCUCCCAAACAAUCCGUUGAAUUCAUUAUAAGCCUCUAUCUAUACUACCACUAUACAAUAUACCGCAUGCAAAAAGUAA